AUGAGCGACUUCCGGUCUGAGGCUGGUAGUGGGUCUGAAAAAGGAUUGCUGACACAAAAUACUCAUUACAUGGUCGUUAGAAUCGGAGGUGAGUUCAUAUGAUCAUGAUGUUAAGGGUCAUAAAAUGAGGUCUCUUGUCUUAACAAGAAAUCUCCCUACGCUUAAAUUGUUUUUAACGGAUCUUAAUUUGAAUUGAAGUAGUGCGAGCAUGAUGCCAUUUAUCAAUAUACUAUAAUCAGACAUCACUGAUGAAAUUUAGCCGUACAUUUUGUAUCAUAAUAGCAUUUGGAAUACGCUUUAGAGUGUUUUCAGUAAAGAAUAUCGCUGGUACAUGAGCCUUCGUUUUAUACCACAAUGCCCUGCUGAUCCCUGCUCCUACAGGAGGAGCCUGAUUUACUCCCAUCCCUUUAAUUUCAUUUAAGGUGUCCCGAACCUAUUUAUAUGCGCGUUGGUUAUGUUUUUGAAUCGUUUUUUUCGGCAGGAAUGAUUUAACCGAUUUCUAUGAUUUUUGGCAUCAAUAAAAAAAUGGUCGAACUUAAAGAAACUGUUGUUUAUUUUGUUGUAGGUAUAAAAACGUUUGAGAUAUCGGCAUCUGUUUAAAACCACCUUUUUACAAAAAAUGUCAAGAACUUGGAAACCCUAAGACAGAUUUUUCUCUAACUUGAGUAAAUAAGCCUCAGAGCUCUCUAGUUUUAUAUCUGCAAGUUUCAAGUCAUUCGUGACCGUAGAACUCGCUGAACAAAUAGUAUAGCUGGUCAAAUUUAACCUUUUAGAAAAAUGCAACGCUAACAUAUUACUGAAAUUUGAGGCUCAAAUAGAGAAAAACUGUCUGCAAGGGUAUUCUUAGCCAAAGCUUUAUUGUUGCAAGAAACUGAUGAGUAAUCUUAAUCGCACGGCGAAUACAGUUCGCAAUACAAGAAGAACAAUUUUAUGCUGAAUGCGGGGCAAGAUUAAAGAACAUCUAUUUAUCAAAGUUACUGUGUAUUUUCCCUUCUCUUUUCAAAAAAAAUCUCAACAAAGCAAGAUAUAGCAUCUACGGAAAUCUCCUACCAGUUUUUAGCACCGAAGGUUCCCGUCUUGAGGAGAAAUAAAGCCACCAACUCCAGUUCCUCAACCGAUCUAUUUUCAGCUGCAAAGAAAACCCUUGUAUUAGGUAAUUUAUUCAAGCUUGUUAGAUUUGCCAUCAUAUUCGCAAGGGCAGUUUGCCAUUGGGAAUAAUGAAAAGAAUAAGACGAUUGUCAUAUUUUCUUCACCCAAGUGGCAAACUUCCCGUGCGAAUGUGAUGUCAAGCCUGGAAACCUUGAAUAAAUUACCAAGUACAAGGGCUUUCAGUGCAGCUGAAAAAUAGACGGUUAGAAGUACUGGAGUUGGUGGCUUUAUUUCUCCUCAAAACGGGAACCUGCGACGCUAAAAACUGCUAAAUUUUGCCUUGUUAAAAUAGGUUUCGAAAAAAGAGGGACCAAUACAAAGUAAGUUUGGUGAAUGGAAUUUCUGAAAUCUUGCUCCGCAUUCAGCAUAAAGUUGUUCUUCUUGUAUUGCGAACUGUAUUCGCCGUAGGUUUCUGAUUAUUCAGUUUCUUGCAAUAAAGCUUUGGGUAAGAAUACCCUUGCAGAUAAGAGAUAGUCCGUCGGUAGUUUUUCUCUAUUUGUGCGUCAAAUUUCACAAAUGUGUUACCGCUGCAUUUUAAGGUUAAAUUUGAUCAGCUAUUUGUGCAGCGAGUUCUACGGUCACGAUUGACUUCAAACUUGCAGAUAUAAAACUAGAGAGCUCUGAGGCUUAUUUCCUCCAGUUAGAGAAAAAUCUGUGUUAGGGUUUCCAAGUUAUUGACAUUUUUUGUAAAAAGGUGGUUUUAAACAGAUGCCGAUAUCUCAAACGUUUUUAUACCUAUAAGAAAACAAAUAACCGUUUCUUAAAGUUCGACCAUUCUUUUUUUAAGGAUGCCAAAAAUCAUAGAAAUCGGUUAAAUCAUUCCUGCCGAAAAACCCGAUUCAAAAACAUAACCACCGCGCAUAUAAAUAGGUUCUGGCCACCUUAAUACUCUGCCGAAUGUAUUGAGAUGCAUGGUAAAGGACAAAUGUUUGAGAUGUUUAUGAAACUUCGUUAUGGUAGCCUUUUGGUGAAUUAUACUCUUAAGUAUAAACUUUUAUUGUAUACAUACUGAGAAAUACUCACCAAAAAGCUAUGUCGUAAAUUUUCGUACGCAAAUUAGUUCUAGCCAAUCAGAGGAACAAACGAUGGUUUUCACACGUGAAAAAAAUGAUACGUCCAAUCAGAAUCGCGAACGAUGUUUUUUUUUUACGUGUGAGAAAAAUGAUACGUCCAAUCAGAAGCCACGGAGGUGUGUGAGUUUCGCGCCAAAAAUCCCGCCUUUUAUUGCAGCUUGCAGCGCCGCUUCGCAUAUAUUCAACGAGAAAAGUCUUACUCAAAGAGUUUUUCUCGCUAAAAAAUGUGAAAAACAUUUCGGAAAUGGAGUGGAAUAGUUCCGUUUGUUACACUGUCGAUAAAGAAAACGGUAGAGAGCCGGCGAAACAACAGCGGAAAGGGAUAAACAGAACGAGACGUAAGCUCUUGUUGUGCUUUUUGUCGGAGCUACUUUGCCUUUCAUUCAAGCUUAAGCUUAUAUUGAAACCGGCCAUUUUACUUAAAUUCACUCAUUUUCAAUUGUGCAUUGAGAACAAACAGUUAAGAUUACUUGUAGUUCUUGGAUUACCUCAUAUCCUCACCGUCAUUUAUGUUUUUAACAAACGUUUUUACUAAAAAGCUGAUACUUCGUUUUCGUUGUCAUUUUGCGGUAAGUGUGUAGCGGUAAGUUUUAGUAUUUUUGAAAGAUUUAAAAUAAGAAGGCCGCCAAAAUGAUGAAUGUCUCAGUAUGUAUGUAAUAAACACAAUACCACAUGGAAAGUGCUUUGUACGGUAUUUACGCACUCGUUGUUCUUGUAUCAGAAAUCUUACUCGUUCGCUGCGCUCACUCGUUCGAUUUCUGAUACGUCAACAACUCGUGCGUAAAUACCGUACGCCAGCACUUUCCAUGAAGUAUUCUCUAUAUAUGCUUACGUUUUCCUGCAAAAGGAAUGGUAAAAUAACUAUCGAUCUUUUCAAAUUUUGAAUCACGCGAUCAUUAUUUUUCUCUUCCUUUUUAUUUUUUUUUUUCUAUGCUAUUCAGGGAGUACCCUUGACGUUACAGUACACGAGAUACAGAUGAACGGUUCUAUGAAAGAAAUCCUCAAAGUUACAGGAGGUCCAUAUGGCGGUAUUAAAGUGAAUCAGCAAUUUGAGAACCUUCUGGAUGAGCUGUUUGGAGUCGAGAAUGUUCGAAGUUAUCGUCAGAAGUUUUGCUCCGAUUGGUUAUCCUUAACGAAAGAGUUUAAAGCCAAAAAACGAAGUGACCGAAUCUUAGAAGAAACAUUGAUGACAAAUAUUCGACUACCAUGCAGUUUUGUGCAUCAGUUGAGCAGGAAACAGACCCCAGCCAUGAAUGCCUAUACGAAAAAAGGCGAGGUAAAGUUGAUGAACGACGAAUACCUCUCCCUUAGUUCAGGAAUGAUGAAGAAACUGUUCAAACCCACCAUUGAUCGCAUCAAGGACCAUUUGAAAGGCUUGCUGCAAAACCCUGAGCUCUUUAAAGUAAAUACCAUGCUACUGGUUGGCGGUUUUGCUGAUUCUACCCUUCUCCAACAGGAAAUCAAAAAAGCUUUUUCGAGGCAAGUCAGAGUGCUCGUUCCAGACAAUGCCAGCGCAGCGGUCGUUAAGGGUGCCCUGUUAUUUGGAAAGCAACCUGGAAAAAUUACAGAAAGAGUGGUUUCCACGACUUAG